AUGGCACCAUCUUCGUCCUCUCUGAUCGUCAACUUCCUUCGCCAGAACAUUCGUAGAAUCCAAAACCCUCAACGUCCUGGAAGAACUAUCGGAAACCUUGUCGUGAAAGGAGGAGGAGAUGGAACACAACAAGAACCCCAAAUCAUGGAUGGAAAACUUCAGCUUCAAUUCACAGAACAAAUGGCGAUUGAGCUCAAAAUUUUAAAUUUUGUGCCUGCUCUAUCAGUUUGGAAUUCAGCUUUAUUGGAUUCUCUACGUAUUGAGAGAACCGAUCUGGUUUGGGAUUUGUAUGCUACGAUGAUGGAAUCUGGCCUAGUGGGCGAUGUUGACACUGUUGGGUAUCUAAUUCGAGCCUUCUGUAAGGACAACAAGCUCUACGAACCUUAUGAGCUUCUUCGACAAGUGAGUGAUGCUGGGCAUACCCCGGAUAAUAUUGCUUUCACCAAAUUGAUUUCUGGAUUUUCCAGAGAUGGGAAUUAUGCUAAGAAUGGUAUGGGGAAUGAAGCUCUCCGAGUCUUCAAUGAUCUCAAGGACAGAGGUUAUGCUCCUGAUAGGGUUAUGUACACCACAAUGAUUGAUGGUCUCUGCAAGAUGGGUAGAUUAGGGGAAGCAAGAAAGCUUUGGUUUGAGAUGAUUCAUAAAGGAUUCAAGCAAAAUGAGUAUACAUAUAAUGCACUCAUGGAUGGAUACUGCAAGGCAGGAUUUUGUCAACAUGGGAAGACAGACAAAGCACAUGAGCUGUUUGAAGAAAUGGCCAAUAGAGGUAUCAACCAUGAUGUAGUUACAUAUAAUACUCUGAUUCAGGGUCUUUGUAAGGAAGGGAAAGUAGUUGAGGCUAUGAACCUGUUCAAUGAACUUAUGGUGCUGGAUUUGCAACCCUAUACUUCAUCUUAUACUCCUCAGAUUCAGGCUCUUUGUGAGGAGGGAAAAGCACAGGAAGCAAUAGAGUUAUGGAAAGAUACGCAAAAUCGGAGUUUGGAGCCAUUAGUCUGUACUCAUGAUUAUAUCAUUACAGGAUUGUGUAAGCAGGGAAAUCCAACAGAAGGCAUGGAGUGGUUGUUAACAAGUAAGCUGAGGCCUAGGAGGAACACUUUUAACAGAUUGGUCGAGGAUUUCUCUUCAAAUAAUCGGUUUGAUGAUGCUGCUUGUUUUAGAUUAUCUAUUUGGAAUGGAUUAUACUCUUGA